AUGACUGCCGAUAAAGUCUGGGGAGACUACCCAUUAUAUUAUAAACAACCACUUAGAUGGAUACGUUAUCAUGCUCAUACCAAACCACACUUCGUAGCUUCAAUUGGUUUAGGUUUAUCUGCACCUUUACUCAUUGUAUUCGUAGCCCCAUUAAGAAGAAAGUUCUUAUAUGCAGACCACGAACCUAUUCCACAAGUAUACCCAUUGCCAACCAGAGCAAGAGAUGCCAAUUUGUCAGGAUAUGAUGAUGAGUAG